AUGGACCACCAACUACCAAUCAGAUCUCUCAACAUACCCCAACCACCGCAAAGAUCCUUCGCCAGCAUCUCCUCAAGCCUCUUCCACCUCCUCUGCCGCCGCCAAUCAGACCUGUGGCAUCUGCGCACCUUAUCGGCCAACAACUCCCUAACGCCAUGGCUUAUGGAUCCUUUCCUGCACCCUCUCUCCUAUCUGGCCAAAGUCCUCGCGCUCACUGAAGACCCCAUCCCGGCAGCGCUGCGCGGAGAGAUCCGCGAAUCGUUGCUGGCGAUGGAAGCGGAAGCGGAGCAUUUGCGCACGGAGAUCGAGUGUAAUUUUUGGCGGGCGUAUUUCCGGACUGGGAGGCAGAGGGAGGAAGAGGAUUUGGGGAGGCAGAGGGAGGAGUGUGGGAGGCGUUGGGUGGGUUUGUUGCAAGGCUGGGAGAGGGAGUGUAGGAGGUAUUAUGAUCCGGUUAGGGAUCCGACGGAGGUGCAUGUUACGGCGCGAUUGGCGCUGCUUGGGCUCGAAUGA